AUGGCGGCUACUCUUCUGAGUUGGGACUACAAUACAGAAGUGCUUGCUCAAACAGAAGCUAAAAAAUUUGGCGCCAUCACCGCUCCAAAUGGUUACGGGUCUACAUACAGCAAGAUCACUGUCGGGAAAACAUGUGACGCAAGCAAAACAGUGAAGGAAGAAAUAACGACGUGGUGGAAGGACGGUGCAGCUAAGCAGGAAACAAAGACUAAGGUUGCUGACAAUGAUAAGUUCUCUCAGAUGGCUUACUUUGAAACUAGUGCAGUGGCGUGCUCAUACUACCCAUGCUCUUCUACAGAGCUAAGUUUGGUUUGCCUCUACAACAAAGAUGCAGCGGAUCAAGCCUUCACUCCUGCUCCACUGCCAAGCUCUGUAUAUUCUGACUGCGACAAAGCAACUCAACUAUUUGGAGAAGCCGCGUUGUAUUCACACAAUUACUACAGAAGGUUGGUGGCCACAGGAUGGGCUGAGGACCCAAAGAGUAAAUAUGCGAAGCCGGCGAAAGGAGUGAUGGAACUGAAAUCCGAGAAAACGUUAGAAGAAAACGCAAAAAAUUACUUGGAUGUAAAUGCAAACACAUGUCCCUUAACUCGGGAAAGUGCAGAAAGUAUUGGAGAGAACUUCUGGAAAAGCAAUAAUUUCACAUUGUCUCAGGAAGAGGCUGUCGAUAAGGCUGUCGAGGAAUGGUUUAGCUACCUGACAGACAUUGGUCUCGGUGAUGACAUUAAAUAUGCAAACCUUAAAGGGGAUUCAGGAAAGAUGUUCGGAAAUGUAAUCCAUGACGAGACAACGAAAAUUGGUUGUUAUGUGAGAGCUUGCGCGAAGGAGGGAGUAAUUGUUGUCGAUUGUCGCUAUGAUCCGAAGGCUGACGGAAAUAUCUUCGAAACUGGAAAGACGUGCAGCUCGUGCGGCAACGCCAAAUGCUCGCCUCUUGGUGGACUUUGUGCCUGA